GAUUACCUCCUUUUACUUUCAUUUUCACUUCACUAUUUAUGAAGAACAUGCAGCAUGCACUGAUGCAGUGGCCGCUAGUUUAAUCUGAGUUGAGAGUGAAGAUCAUAAAUUUUAAUCAUUAUAUAGUCCAACAUGAUCAUCUUAGCUUUAUAUCUAACGUGAGCAGUCUUGAAUGUGUUUUAACACAAGAUGACCACAGACGAGUUUACAUGGACCAAACCUAUUGACCUGUUCUCAGAGAGGAAGUUGGUUAAAAUAUGUGCACCGAUGGUCCGAUAUUCAAAGUUGCCAUUUCGAACUUUGGUGAGGAAAUAUGACUGUGAUUUAGCAUUCACUCCGAUGAUUGUUUCCAAUUCCUUCAUCCACUCAAUCAAAGCAAGAGACAGUGAAUUUACUACCUGUUCAACUGACAGACCACUGAUUGUACAGUUUGCUGCAAGCAACAGCAAAGAUUUGGCAGAUAAAGCUGAGAUAGUAGCCCCAUAUUCUGAUGGUGUGGAUUUGAACUGUGGGUGCCCUCAAAGAUGGGCCAUGGCAGAGGGAUAUGGAGCUUGUCUAAUCAAAAACCCAGAACUGGUACGAGACAUGGUGAACCAAACUCGAGCAAGAGUCUGCAACUCGGACUUCACUGUCUCAAUCAAAAUCAGGAUACACAACGAUCUCAGGGAAACCGUUGACCUUUGCCAAAAAGCAGAGCAGGCUGGAGUAUCUUGGAUAGCGGUUCAUGGCCGCACGAAGGACCAGAGGGCUGAGCCAGUGAACAAAGAGGCCAUAAAGCUCAUCAAAGAGAGUGUCCAUAUUCCUGUUGUGGCCAAUGGUGACAUUAGGACUUUGCAAGAUGCAGAAGACAUACAGGGUGUGACAAAGGUGGAUGGUGUCAUGGCUGCCAGAGGAAUCCUUCAGAACCCGGCCAUGUACAGUGGAUUUGAAAAUGCCCCUCUGCAGUGUGUUCAAGAUUGGAUUGACAUCGCCAUGUACUCGGGUGUGACCUACCCCAUCUUCCACCAACAUUUGAUCUUUAUGAUGGAGAGACUGUUCUGUAGAGCGGAGAGGAGGGUGUUUAAUGUGUUAGCUAGCACAUCCGCAGUGUUGGACUAUCUAGAGACCCAUUACAACAUAUCAAAUCAAUCUUAAUCUUUAUAAAUUUUACUACAUUACAAUU